AUGCCCCGGGGAAGCCGCAGCCGAGCGAGCCGCCCUGCUCUUUCUCGAGCCCCUCUCUCCACUAACCCUCCUCCAGCUGCUGUUGCACCUACACCUGUCCAGCCCUGGCAGCCCGGCCUGAUGGCACAGAUGGCAUCCACAGCAGCAGGAGUGGCAGUCGGCUCGGUGGUGGACUAUUUGAUGAGGAGUGCACUGACCGGGGCCUUGGGUGGAAGUGGCUCAGAGCCAGCCCGGGCAGAUAUCACCUACCAGGAGCCCUCGAUGGCAGCCUCUCCAGCCCAACCUCAAGCCCAGGACAACAGACCCUGCCAGUUUGAAAUGAGACAGUGUCUGGAGUGUGCCCAGAACCAGCAUGAUCUAACACUCUGCGACGGUUUCAAUGAAGUGCUGAAGCAAUGUCGGUCUGUGCAUGGUAUAUACUGAAGUGCAAGUU